AUGGCUGACCUGUCAGAUCUACCAAUGGAAGAUACAUACCACCCUGAGGUAGAUAUUGAAAACCUUGAGGACUAUGUGCCCGGUGGAUACCAUCCAACUCUUAUCGGAGAUACCUUUUCUAGUGGUCGCUAUACUAUUGUUCAUAAGCUUGGGUUCGGUGGAUAUUCAACAAUUUGGCUCGCCUGGGAUAAGCAACGCCUGCGCUAUGUAUCGCUGAAGAUACUGACUGCGCGGGCCUCAUCAGACAGUCAUGAGGGGGACGUCCUUCAUUACCUGGUGAAGGGCAACCUUACUCAUCCUGGAAAGCGAUUCAUUCCGCCGCUACUUGACCAAUUUCGGUUCCACGGUCCAAACGGAUAUCAUCAGUGCUUAGUCGGAAAGCCUGCUGGUGGUAGUGUUGCUAAGUCUAAGGAGGACAGCACAAACUUGAUGUUUCCCCUAGACGCUGCUAGAUCUAUUGCCGCCCAGCUUCUUUUAGGGCUUUCCUACUUGCAUGCAAACGGUAUCUGCCAUGGAGACCUCCAUUUACGUAACUUUCUCUUACGUAUACCAGACUUAGAUGGCCUAAGCAUACCUGAGCUAUACCAGCGCUUUGGUAAACCCUUUGAGGUUCCUAUCCGACGAGUGGAUGGAAAGCCUGGCGAACCUCACGCACCGCCAUAUGCUAUCUAUCCUAUGAGUUUAAGUACACCUGCCAAUGAAGUGGAUAACCCAGAAAUCAUCAUUUCAGAUUAUGGGACGUCCUUCAUUAUAUCACAGACACCCUCACCGACUAUCUGUACCCCAGCCCUCUACUCUCCACCAGAAGACUUUUUCAAUGAACCUAUCACUCAACCUACCGCAGCUGAUGUAUGGACUCUAGGUGUCAAUUUAUAUGAGGUCUUGGGUGAGCGUCCACUCUUCGAAACAUUUGCCUGGGAUCGAGAUGAUAUUAUCGCCGAGAUGAUCAAUACACUGGGCCAACCGCCUAUGAGAUGGUGGAACUCUUGGGUUAAACGCUCCGAAUUCUUUAAGGAAGAUGGGUCAUGGGUUGCCGACUUCCGCCGUAUCAGUACUCCUGUCUUCCGGCGUCUGCGUCAGCGCCUCUGGGAUAUGGGCCGUGGCGAGAUGGAACAGAUGUGUGAAUGGGAUGUUACAGGUGGUGAACUAAGUGCGCUGGAGGACCUGCUCAGAGCUAUGAUGGCAUUUGAACCCGCGGAUCGACCCACAGUAGACCAACUCCUGAGGUCUGAGUAUAUGCUGAAAUGGGCAUUACCUGCAUGGGAGAGGCAGAAGAGGCAGGAAAGGCAAGAAUGA